GCUGUUCUCUAUUGUGGGGUUUUUUCGUGUUCCGGCUAUUCGCUCGUCUCGCUCGCUCUCUUGAAGGCCGCGAAGAAAGCAAGAGGAGAGAACGGGAAGAGAGAGAGAGGUGGGCGAGGAGGAGGGCAGGAUUUCGGUUUCUAGGGUUUUGCUCUGCUCGGAUCCAGGGUUUUCUUCGAGCUGGCUUGGUUGGAGCUAGGGCUUGAUUUUUCGGACAUUCUUUUGGUUGGGGUCUUGCUUCUUGCUAGCCCUAGCGUGGAGUUCGUGGUUGGAGUAUGAUUUAGGGCUAGGGUUUUGAUUCUUGUACGGUGCUUUUUGGGGGGUUGCAUGUUGGGGGAGUUUUAGGGUUUUCAAUUUCUUGUUUUGGAGGAAGAUUGGGGUUGGAUUCCUCGGUUUCUGUGAUCUAGGGUUUGGAGGUCCAUUGAGGGAGGGUGGAGUCUGGUCGAAUUUAGGGUUUGAUGUUGUUUGUAAGGCAAUGUUUGAUGCUUCUUGAUAAUGAAUCCGCUUUAAUUGCCGCAUUAAUCGCGUGUUUUUUAUUCCGUGAUAGCAGAUAGAUUCAAGAAACCCUGUCCGACUCCUUGCUGAAUCAUAAUUUAAUCCUGUAUCGACACUAAACUAGCUAUAGCAAAGUCCAAAAAAAAGGAAGGAAAGGAAGGAUUUGAAACGACUGAUUUGGUGGGAAAAUUUGAAUUUGUAACUCAACGUAAACGAUUAAUUUCGACACCUAUCUGGAACUUAUACUGCGAGGCAUUAACUAACUGGAAUCUGGAUGCUACUUAGGGAACUGAAUAAUGGUGGCGAAGUCGGAGUGUCCAUAUUUCGUGGAUUGACCUUAUGGCACCGACAGUUCUUUUAGAGUACACAAAAGAAAAGAAGCUGAAGAAAAGUUCGCAGGAUCUUUCAUUCACAAUGAUGGGGAAAUCACAUAAGUUCUCGAAAGGACACUCUGCUGGUUUUGUCCCAGACUACCGUCAUGCUGUGGAUACAAUGGGCGAGUCAGAAGGGUUUGGCAGCUCAGGACGGGCCGACUCAGAGGACUCCUGCGCCCCAAAAAGGAAGUGCAUAAGUUUAAAUAUGGACAGAAACGAUCACUUUAAUGUCCCUCUGCAAGUCAUUUCUUUAUCCAAGAUGUCUAGCUCGGAGAGAAAGGAUUUGGAAAUGAGACUGAGGUCAGAGCUCGAGCAGAUUCAAAUGUUUCAGAAGAAAGUACUUUCAAGGUGUGUGAACAGUAGUGGUGUUGCCUUAUCAUCCUCCACUGGUGGCCAUGGGAAGAAACGGGAUCCUGUGGGGCAGAAUGGAUCCCAAGUGAAACGUGGGUUAUCAGGAAGGUUCGAGUCCACGAAACAGGCUCCACCACAUUCUGUCAGCAAUUCAGAUGCAAUGCCGAUAAAACAAUGUGAGACACUCCUCAAGCGCUUGAUGUCGCACCAGUAUGGUUGGGUCUUCAAUACUCCUGUUGAUCCGGUGAAGUUGCAGAUACCAGAUUAUUACACUGUUAUUAAACAUCCGAUGGAUUUGGGAACUAUUAAGUGUAGAAUAGCUUCAGGUUUUUACUCCAGCCCACAGGCUUUUGUUGACGAUGUGAGGCUUACUUUUGCCAAUGCCAUGUCAUAUAACCCUCCUGGUAAUGAUGUUCAUAUCAUGGCAGAUACCUUGAGGAAAUUCUUUGAAGCAAGGUGGAAGCCUAUAGAAAAGAAGCUGGCUGCAGCUGUUGCACACAUUAAACCGGAAACUGAAGCUACUAAUUUGGAUCUGCAGUCAAAGAAGCGGAAGGCCGCUGCUAUGAACCAUAACAUUGUUGUGCCGGAGAAUGUGAAACCAAAGAUGACGGAUGUGGAAAGACAAGUUCUGGGUAGGCGUUUAGAGUCUAUGCCGGGGGAUUUACCAGAGCACAUUAUUGAUUUUCUGAGGCAGCGCAGUGACAAUGGAAAUCAGACCAAUGAAGAGGAGAUAGAAAUUGAUAUUGAUUCUCUUAGUGAUGAUACAUUGUUCGAGUUACGGAAGCUUUUGGAUGAUUACUUGUGGGAUAAACAGACAAGACAGCAGGCAAAAGCUGAGCCAUGUGAAUUGGAGAUUUUGAAUGAAUCUGGCCUCAGCAAUUCAUCGAUGCAUCCUUGCAAAGGCAAUGAGCCUGCUGAUGAGGAUGUAGAUAUUGGUGGCAAUGAUCCUCCUAUGUCAAGCUAUCCUCCAGUGGAGAUAGAAAAAGAUACACAGCUCAGAAAUAGCAAGUACAGCAGUUCAAGCAGUUCCAGUAGUGAUUCUAGUUCUUCUUCCAGUGAUUCAGACUCUGGUAGUUCCUCAGAAAGUGAAUCGGAUGAUAGAGUUGCUAGUCCUACAAAGACUACGAAGGAACAUGCAAGAACCGAGGCAACACUGGACCAAGAAAAGAGUGAGAUAAUGAAUCCUCUUGAUGUAAACAGGCCUGUUAAUGGGAUGGAUCACCACCCAGAACAGGAUACUCGCCCUAAACUAUCAGUGGAGGUGGAUGGGAAUCAAGAGGGGGAGAAUGCUCCAUCAGAGAGGCAGGUCUCCCCAGAAAAGCUUUAUCGAGCAGCUUUACUGAGGAGUCGCUUUGCUGAUACAAUUCUCAAAGCUCGUGAAAAAACAUUGGGUCAGGGAGAAAAGGGAGAUCCUGAAAAGCUGCGGCGCGAGAGGGAGGAACUUGAAAGGCAGCAAAGGGAAGAGAAAGCACGGCUUCAAGCUGAAGCUAAAGCUGCUGAGGAAGCCCGUAGACGAGCAGAAGCAGAAGCUGCAGCUGAAGCUAAACGUAAGCGCGAACUUGAGAGGGAAGCAGCACGUCAGGCCUUGCUGAAGAUGGAAAAGACAGUGGAGAUCAGUAAUGACUGCAGAAUUCUUAAAGAUCUUGAAAUGCUUAGAACUGUUCCAGCUGAACAUGUUCCAAGUUCGGUUGAUGAGACAAGCCCAGAUCUAUCCCCAGAUGGCAUGGGUGGUUUUAAGCUGGGUGGAAGUAACCCUUUAGAGCAACUUGGUUUGUACAUGAAAGAAGAUGAUGAAGAGGAAGAAGAGGGCGAGCCUAGCAGCGUUCCUGUGAAUGAUGUCGAGGAAGGAGAGAUUGAUUGACAGCAUUCUGCUCUGCUUGGCUUUGUAUAUGCUCUUGAGAUUUGAAUAUAUUUCAUCUCCAGAAGGUACAGCAGCAGAGAACGUUGAUUUGGGCCAUCAGAUGCUUACAUACAAUCCAUUCUUUCUUGGGUUGGCUUUAGGUGAUCACCACUAAAAACUUUUGCCAACUGCUUAUUAUUGGAGAUUACCUUCCUGGUUCCUGGCUGUUUAUGGGCAGCCUUCAAUUUUGGGAGCGGAAGUUUUACACACCACUGGUAGGAAGUUUUGUGCUUUGUAAAUGUUCGACAGGGAAAGAUCUAUUUAUGAUGCAUUUAUGGUGGAACCCAGUUGCUGGAUUUGAUGUUGUUCUCGCACUCGUCGUUGCUGUUUGAUAUUCAAAAUGGGAAAUGUUGCAAGAUAUGUUACUUCAUUAGUUUAUACUGGGUGACAUGGGGGUUGUACAUUGCUGUUGAUAAUUGAAGUUUUGAAAUGUGCUCCCCAGAGUGUACACAUAUGGCUGAUUUAUGGAAUCGAUUUUCUUGAUUCCUGAUUUCCAUACACUUGCCCCUCUUGAGCUGAACGUCCGAGUAUAUAUGCCUUCAAGUCGAAGGUUGUCAUUUGGAAAUGUACUAGUUUCUUUGACCCCCCCCCGCUUCGUGCAUUUCGAUGAGGUAAACAGUCAUUUUAAGGUUUAUAGGUUCGAAUUGGCAUUGUUGUUCUCCUGUCUGGAGAUUUUUUUUUUUUUUUAUUUUUUUUUUUAUGUCACAUUUUUGUGCUUGAGGGGGAGCAUUGUAUCAUCUAUGCACUCAGCAAGUAACGAAAGAAAUAAAAGAAGAAUUGAUGUUCAAGGGUGUAGGGCUGUUGCCUCCUUGAGUGA